AUGAGUUCUAAGUUUGAUUAUGAAGAAUUGACGAAGUCGAUCAACGAAAACCGAGUGCCAACGGCAUGUCCAAAUUGCGGCAUUCCAUCUACAUCAAUCUGUACAAUAUUGAAUGUACCGCAUUUCAGGGAGCUUUUGAUGAUGCUAUUCAACUGUGACAACUGCGGCUACAGGGAUAAUGAUAUUAAGGGCAAUGGUAUACUACAGCCUGAAGGGGUAAAAUUUGUCCUUCAAGUUCAAAAAUUGGAUGAUCUAAACCGACAAAUUGUACUUUCGACCUUUAGUGCCGUCACUAUAGUUGACAUCGAAUUUGAGUUUCCCAGGUCUACCGAUCGCUCUGUCAUUACAACCAUUGAAGGACUACUUAAUUCAGCAAUUAGUGACUUGUCUGAAUAUUAUAAACAAUUAACCACAGAAUCAAACAACGUAGCGAGCAAUGAAACAAUUUUGAAACUUCUUGAUGUAAUAAAUACUCUAAGGGAUUAUACGACAGGGGAUAACCAAUUCAAAUUAAUAUUAGAUGACCCUAGUGGCAAUAGUUACAUUGAACAGCUACCUAACACUUCCAAUUUACAGAAAAUACACUAUCAACGAACUGAUCAGCAAACAAAAGCUAUGGGCUAUUCCACUCUAGGAGAUAAUGGUGUUGAUAGGGAGAAUUACAAUUGUAACAACAGUAGCAAAUCCAAUACAUUAGACCUAAAUAGACCAUUAGAGGAUGAUUAUGAGCCUCCGUUAUUUGAAUUGCAAACAGCUUGCCCAGAUUGCGGAAACAACGGUAGCAACAAAAUUUGUCAAGUUCAAGUACCAGGGUUCCGUGAGUGCAUCAUAUUUUCCUUCACAUGCGGUGAUUGUGGCGCAAAAUCUACUGAGGUAAAACCUGGCGGGCCAAUUGGAGAUUUUGGACAAAAGUGGCAACUAGAAAUAUCUCAUCCAGACGACUUAAAUAGAGAUGUCAUUCUUUCAGAUUUAGCAAGCAUAAGUAUACCUGAAGUGGAUUUCGUUAUGAUGGCAGGAUCAAUAGGUUGCGUAUUUACUACAGUUGAGGGAGUACUACUUAAAAUUGCGGAGAAUUUGGAAUCAAGCAACCCCUUCGUUACUGGAGACUCAGCAAAAAUGGUUGCAGGUGGAUUGAAGGAUUGUUGUAAAAUGCUACGAUAUAUAGCUAGUUUUGGCAACAAAAAUACAAUUAUGAUAUUGGAUGAUCCGACGGGGAGAUCUUUCAUCGCAUCGAUUACAGAUGAAGACAAACCUGAUCCUAGGUUAAAGGUUGAAAGUUAUAAACGGUCUAUGGAACAAGAUAAUGAGUUGGGGCUUCUAGAUAUGAAAGUUUAA